AUGUAGCGCAGGCCUCAAAAUAACUAAAAAUUCAAACCUCAAUAAACUCAAUAAUAACAAUAACAAUGCUAAUAGUAGGAACGUUAACACUUUUAAGAACUUCUUUCAUAGAUAAAUGUUUAAUAAUAAUUUCAUCCUAAUCUUAAUCAAUAACAUUAACACUUUUUAGAACUUCUUUCAUAGAUAAAUGAUUAAUAAUAAUUUCAUCCUAAUCUUAAUCAAUAACAAUUCUACAAUAAUCAAUAAGUUUUCUCUCUUCCUUUUUAAAUAUCUUAAGAAAUGUAAUAGGAAGAUAAUAUUUAGGAAGUUGUAAAAUCAAAAUAAAAUAACAAAAAUUCUUAUGACUUAGAAAAAGGAUUAAGCUUAGAUGUUAAAACCUUCUAAAAGCACUUUUAAUUCAACAAUUCUUAAGAUCAGACUAUUCCAAUAAUGGUUUCUGUAAAAACUCUUGAAUAAACCAGUGAUAUGGAAAUUUAAUCAAAUUUACUUGAAGGUAGACCAAAUCUCGAUUUAAUUUGCGUUAUUGAUAAUUCUGGAUCUAUGGAUGGCGAAAAAAUAGAAAAUGUCAAAAACACUAUUUUAUAAUUGAUCGAUAUGCUCAACGAUCAUGAUAGAUUGUCAAUUAUCACAUUCAAUAGCUAUGCAAAAUAAUUGUGUGGAUUAAGAAAAGUCAACAAAGAUAAUAAAGAAAAUUUGUAAAAAAUUACUAAGUCAAUUUAAGCUGAUGGUGGCACAAACAUUACAAGUGGUUUGUAAACAGCUUUUUCAAUCUUAUAAAAUAGAAAAUAAAGGAAUUCUGUCAGCUCAGUCUUCUUACUUUCUGAUGGACAGGAUAAUAAUUCUGAUUCUAGAAUAAGAAAUCUUUUGUAAACUACCUACUAACAGCUCCAAGAAGAGUGUUUUACUAUUCACUCAUUUGGCUUUGGUAAUGAUCACGAUGGCCCUCUCAUGUAGAGAAUCGCAUAAAUAAAAGACGGUAGCUUUUAUUAUGUAGAAAGAAAUGACCAAGUCGACGAAUUCUUCAUAGAUGCACUUGGUGGUUUAUUUUCAGUUGUUGCUUAGGACAUUAACAUUUCAAUUAAAAUAAAUAGAAGAGAUGAAAUGUUCUAAAAGUUCUUCAAAAAUUCUUAUGUUUCUAAAACUUAUGGUCCUAUGUGGAAAGUGGUAAAUAAAAACGAAGAAUACACCAUUAAAAUUAACUAGAUAUUUUAAGGUGUCUCUAAGGAUUUCAUCUUUGAAAUGACUGUUCCAAAAUCUGAUUUCAAAGACUUUUAAGAUUUUGAAAGAAAUUUAGGAGUGCUUAACGUUCAGUUAACUGCUAUUCCUACAAACUCUGAAUAUACCACUUAAAUAUUAAAAGAAAAUAACUUAGUUUUGACACUCUUUACUUAAAAUGAAAAAAUAGCUUAGGACUCAGAAAUUAACGACAACGUUGAAUUUAACUAUAUAAGAGUAAAGGCUGCUUAAGCUAUGGAAGAUGCCAUCAAGUAUGCUGAUAGAAACCAAUACUAAGAAGGCCAAGCUGUUUUAUCUGAUAUGUUGAAAAAGAUAGAAAAAUCUCAUCCUAAUAAUUAGGCAAGACUCCAAGUUAUUAAAGAAGAUCUCUUUUUAUGCUAAAAAAAUGUGUAACCUUAAUAAUAUUAAAAUUAAGGUAGAUUCAUGGCUUAAUAAUAAUGUAAUAAUAACUUUUAAUAAUAAUCAUAUGCCAUAAGAAGUAAUGAUAUCUAUUAAGCUCCCAUGUAAAGAAAAAUGAAUUCAGACAUUAAUGAAAAUGUUGAAUUUAACUAUUUAAGAGUCAAAGCUGCUUAAGCUAUGGAAGAAUCCAUCUAACUCGCUAAUAAAAACCAAUAUUAAAAAGGAUAAGUUAUUUUAUAAGAUAUUAUAAAGAAAAUAGAAAACUCUCACCCAAAUAACUCGGAAAAACUCAGUAUUAUAAAAGAAGAUUUAAUUUAAUGCUAAUAGAAUAUUUCACCUUAGUAGUAUAAGCUUUAAGGUCAAUACUAAGCAUAAUAAUAAUGUAAUAAUCACUUCAAUUAAUAAUCAUAUGCCAUAAGAGGUAAUAAGGAUCUGUAUUAAGCUCCAAAGUAAAAAUAAAUGGUUAGUCAACUAUAAUUCAAAAAAAAAUAAAGUCAAAACAAAAAAUGA